AUGAAGUUCACACCAAGUUUGAUAAUAGAUGCCCCUUCGUACCAAGUAGACCAUUUCGAUGGUAGAUAUGAUACAGAUAAAUGCGUAAUAUUGCGAGAUUUACAGUUAGAAACAGAUUCAGAAUCCAUGCCUUCAAGUCUUAAACAAUUAUCACCUUCUACCAACGUAUUAGAUCUGACCAAUAAUGAUCUCUUUAACAUACCGUGGAAUGUAAAGAAUUUUAAAUGGUUGCAUACUUUACUUUUAUCUAGGAAUAGAAUUAUUAAUAUUGAUGGAUCACUACUUCCAUGUAAUUUAGAGAAUUUGGUUCUAGCAAAUAAUGGAAUAUCUGAAUUACAAGAAUUGGAUGGGUUAAGUAAAGCACCUAAAUCAUUGAAGAAUUUGACUUUAAAGGGGAAUCCAAUUUGUCAUUUGAAUGGGUAUAGAGAAUAUGUUUUGAAAUUAUUACCAAAUUUAAUGACAUUGGAUUUCACACGUGUUACUCCUGAAGAGAGAAAGGAAAUACUCAAGAUUAAUAAAGAGGCAAAGAAAAUAGGAGGAGAUCUUGCUACAGCGACGACAACGAAACAUAAGGAACGACUUACGAAUAGAAUAUCGAAAAAUGGACGUCAAAAUAGAGAUAAAUCUAUUGAAAUGAUGACGCUAGUAGUGAGUAAGAUGACAGAUGAGAAGAAGAAAGAACUUAAAAAACAGUUAGCUGAAGCAACUUCAUUGGAUGAGAUAGCAAGACUAGAAAAGAUAUUGUCAGGAGGUGUCUGA